AUGGCUUGCUCAGGGACCAGCACCGCUGUCCAAAUGUCCCAGGAAGAGCCUCUCAGCCUCUACUCCUACGGCACCUUCUCCCGCGAGGAGCAGCGGAGGCGGCGGCACUCUUCUCACCACUCGAGCCACUCGAGACCUUGGGCUGUCGACGCUGAACAUGUCCACGAAGCUCUUGAACAUUUCAUUUCCGAACUCGGCUGUCGCUUAGACUUCCUCGAAUCCUAUGGCCACCUCAAAUUCGAUGCGGGUGUAGAAUACGCAUACUCCACCCUCCUUGCCGUGCGUGAAUCAUGCUCGAAAAUCUCGGAUGAAGCUCUCGAAGCUGGCAGGCGCCGCGCCGGCGUCUUCGUCGAAACCCUCGAAGAGCGUUACCAAGAUGCACUCGCCUCAAAGGAAUCAUUCGACCAGAAGGUACAAGAAGGAUUGCGACUGAUGGAAGAGUAUCUCACCGAGUUCGAGACGCGCGCAUAUGCAAUCCGAGACUCCGGCAUCGGUUCGGUAGCACAGGAAUUCUACGAGGGUGGACGUCGAAAGGUGGAUGAGGGAUUUGAGCGUGCCAAAGGUGUGGUAGAUGGAGGAAUAGACAAAGCAAGGAGAGCACGCGAGACCAUUGAGCUUACGAUCGAGCACGCCGUCGAACGAGCUCUCGCCCGCGCAAAGGAACAUGGCCUCAUCCAAUAUGAAGAUCUCCCCGACCCAUGGAAAAUUAACCCUCAUAUCCACAAGGGCUACCGCUUCUCGGAAGGAAAAUGGGCAUGCGUGCGAUCUAUGGUCAGCAUGCACAACGAAUUCUUCAACAUCUGGUCGCACGCCGUCGGUCUGCUGAUCAUCCUUACUGUGGCAUUCUACUUCUACCCACGCAACUCCAACUUCUCUCUUUCCACCAACUCGGACAUCUUCAUCGCUGCCGUCUUCUUCUUCGCCGCGGCGAAAUGUCUCGUCUGCUCCACCAUCUGGCAUACGAUGAACAGCAUCUCCCACCAAACCCUCCUUGAACGCUUCGCCUGUGUCGAUUACACGGGCAUCUCUCUUCUCGUUGCCGCCUCCAUCAUGACCACGGAAUACGCCGCUUUCUACUGCGAGCCCAACUCCCGCUGGAUGUACAUGCUGACGACUGCCUUCCUCGGUAUUGGCGGCGUUAUCCUCCCCUGGCACCCGACCUUCAAUCGCCAGGACAUGGCUUGGCUGCGCGUUGUUUUCUACGUCUCACUUGCCGCCACCGGCUUCCUCCCUGUGGGACAACUCGCAAUGACCCGUGGCAUCGAGUGGGCAUACUACUUCUACGCGCCCGUUACUAAGUCAAUCCUCGUGUAUCUCAUUGGCGCCAUCAUGUAUGCUUCCAAGAUCCCAGAGCGAUGGUUCCCCGGUCGCUUCGAUUACGUGGGCUGCUCGCACAACAUCUGGCACGUCGCCGUCCUUUUCGGUAUCCUUUUCCACUACAACGCUAUGCAGACCAUGUUCGCCCAUGCCCUGCAGAGGGCUCAGACACAUUGCUCCAUCUAUUAG